AUGGAGGAGAGCGAGCAGCGCCUGGGCGACGGAGGCGCCGAGCCGCCGCCGCCGCCGCCGCCGCCGGAGGAGGCGAGCAGCGGCAGCGACGGCGAGGCCAACCGGAGGAGGGCCCUGCUGCUGCCCCGCGUGCUCCAGGCGCCCGGCAACCACCCGCAUCCGCCGCACCGCAUCACCAACUUCUUCAUCGACAACAUCCUCCGCCCCGAGUUUGGCCGGAGGAAGGAGGACGGCGGCGGCGACAACGGCGGCGGCGACAGCCCGGAGCGGCGGCGGCGGCGGCAGCAGCAGCAGCCACAGCAGCAGCCACAGCAGCAGCAGCCGCAGCAGCAGCCGCAUCUGCUGGCCGCCAGGAGCCCCUCCGCGGCGCCGGCCGCGGGUUCCCUGGCCGAAGGAGGCGACGGCGGCGGCGACGGCGGCGGCGGCAACGGCUGCUCCAAGGCGCUGGUCCCCGCCAAGAAGGGAGGCGACUGCGGGGAGCUCGUCGGAGCCUUGAAGCCCGGCAGCGGCGGCGGCGGCGGCGGCGGCGGCGACCUGUCGCUCAGCUCCGAUUCGGACAGCUCGCAGGCCAGCUCUUUCCCCAGCGGGCAGCCCAUGCUGUGGCCGGCCUGGGUCUACUGCACCCGCUACUCGGACAGGCCUUCGUCAGGCCCCCGCUCGCGGAAACCAAAGAAGAAGAACCCGAACAAGGAGGACAAGCGGCCGCGGACGGCCUUCACAGCCGAGCAGCUGCAGAGACUCAAGGCGGAGUUCCAGACGAACCGGUACUUGACGGAGCAGCGGCGGCAGAGCCUGGCUCAGGAGCUCAGCCUGAACGAGUCCCAGAUCAAGAUCUGGUUCCAGAACAAGCGGGCCAAAAUCAAGAAAGCCACGGGCAACAAGAACUCCUUGGCGGUGCACCUCAUGGCGCAGGGGCUGUACAACCACUCCACGGCCGCCAAGGACGGAAAGUCCGACAGCGAGUAG